AAGGGCUGACGUGUUUUUAGCCGCGGAAGGGUGAAAAUGGCGAAAUCGAAAUUUGCAAAGUGCGCGAAAAUAUUGGUUGUUUUUGACGUAAUAUCCGAUUGAUAAAGUAAAACGUUUACUUUUGUUGAAUUACAUAUAAGAAAAAAUAUAACUCUGUAGUAACAGUGAACUUGUCAUUCUCGUUUCUCUUUGAAAUUUUAAUACUAAACGACCUUUGGGUCUGUUUGUACACAGCGGUGCGUAGUGCACUGUGGGACAGCAAUGGUGGGCGCGUGAUUUUGAACAAAUUCGAGGUAUUAAAGGAACACCCAGGGUCGUAAUCAUGUCUAUAAAUAAAGGACAAAAUGCUAGAGCAUUAGUUGAACCAUUAGCUCUUGAUUCACGUACACUUGGUGAUGGAGACUUGAGUGCACUGAGUCUAUCGCAUAAUACUGAACAAUAUUCAUCCAAUGACUUUGAAGCAUUUGCAAAUAUUCAGGCUGAGUUAGAAUGCAUGAAUGCUGAAGAAGUUAUGACAACGGAUGAAGAGCAUAUAAUAAUUGGACGUAAUAUUGAGACUGAAACGAUUGUACCUGAUGUGGAAAUGACUGAAGUUUCUGAACAAGCUCAAGAGGAACAUAUUAUCUAUACAACAGCAAAUCAAAAUAAUCAAAAUAUUGUAUUUCAAACAAAACCAACGUUACAAAGGCUUCCUGCAUCCACAGUACAGGUAAAGUCAAAUGUUGGCCAAGUUACGCAAAGUCAGUCUAUUAUGAUAGUUUCUCCAGCUGGUGGUCAAGGUACUAGCCAAAUCUUAAAAAUUUCACAUCCGUCAACAGCAUCAGCUGGUCAAUUACAAUCAUUAGCUCAGACUCUUAUAACGGCAAAAUCUGCUGAUGGUAAUAUAGUUCAGUUAAGAUCUGCACAACCUAGUAAGCCUGUAAUGGCAACUAGUCAUUCAGGAAAUAUCACAUUAGGAAAUGUACAGAAUGCAAAAACAGCUCAGUCUGCUAUAAAACGUACUGCUCAAAGUACCUCUCAAAAUCGAAAUGUAUAUACAAAAAUGAUACUAACUGGAAAUCAAGCACCAUCAGGUCAACAAGUUCUUAUAGCAAGUUCUCAAAAUGAAAAUCAACAAACACAAGCAAUAAAAUUUUUAAACAAUAGUUCGUCAAGUCAAGAUGUUACAAGUCCAACAAAAACUAUAACAUUAGCACAAGCACAACAAAUGGGAUUACUUUCUACUAACAAAGUUCAGCAUAUUUUGCCCUCAACACCACAGAAACAAGUGAGUAUAAAGAAAAAAGGAAUAAUUGUAAAUAAAUUAGUGCAAUCAUCAAGUUCUCAACCCUCUAAAAUGACUAUAGUUCCAAGUAAUACAAUCAAAUCACCAACAAAGAUAUUACCUGCUCCUACAGUAAACACACAAGUUAAAGCUUCGACAAUUUCAAAUCAGCAAUCAACAUUUUCCUCUUCUAAUAAAUCAUCUGUCCAACAAAGUCCACAGAAAGUGAUUAUACGACAGAGUUCUUUAAAACCUGGAACUGUCCUUGGAAGUGGACAAGUUAUUAGAAUACCAGCAAAUCAAAACAUUGUUACUGGAUCUAAUCAAGUACAUCAAAUACAAAUGCCUGGCAGACAAGUGCAAUAUGUAAGAUUAGUUAGUACUCCAUCAUCAGGUACCACAAAUGUUGUUACUGUGGGUAAAACGAAAUCACAAACAACUUUACAAACUGUUGGAGUUGGCCAAAAAAUAGGAGGUCAACAACAGAUUGUCAAGGUAGUUCCAUUAAAUACUAGCAAUCAGCCAUUAAGGACAGUUGCACCUAAGGCUACAUUAACAGGAAGUGGGCAAAGAUUAUUAAUUCCAGCAACUGCAACAGUAGCCAACCAAUCAAAAAAUGCAGUUGCUAUCCCAGCAUCUGCUUUAAGUCAAUUAGCAUCUGGGCAAGCUGUUCUUUCAACUAAUUCGAAUGUGGGAAAUAUUGUAGUUUUACCAGCCCAAUAUAUUCAGCAACAGCCAGCAGAUGAUGUAAAAUUGAAAUCUCAACAAGCAACAUCUGGUUUACUAGGUAAUUCACAAAAUUUGCAGACUUCAACAGGGUCUUUAUCUGUGGGAUCUGUUAUAGAAAGUAAAAGUUCUCAAAGAUCAUAUACCAGUGUUGAGCCAAAUGGUAUUCGGCCGAGAAAACCAUGCAAUUGCACUAAAUCACAAUGUCUUAAAUUAUAUUGUGACUGCUUUGCGAAUGGAGAAUUUUGUCAUAUGUGCAACUGUAAUAACUGUUCUAAUAAUCUUGGAAAUGAAGAGGAAAGACAACGCGCUAUUAAGUCCUGUUUGGAGCGAAAUCCAAAUGCUUUUCGUCCAAAAAUUGGCAAAGGUCGUGAAACUGGCGAUGAUAUACGUAGACAUAACAAAGGUUGUAACUGUAAACGAAGUGGAUGUUUAAAGAAUUAUUGUGAAUGUUACGAGGCUAAGAUUCCUUGUUCUGCUAAUUGUAAAUGUAUAGGGUGUCGUAAUGUAGAAGAACCGAAUUUAGAGAAGAAAUCUUUAAAAGACCUAGCUGAAGCAGCUGAAGUGAGAACUGCACAACUUACGCUAAAUAAGACAAAAUUACAAUUAUCGGAGAUGGCUUUUAGGCCACCUGCUACAUCAAAUACUGGUGCAAGGCAACCAUUUAAUUUUUUGACUGACAAAGUAGUACAAAUAACGUGUGAGUGCUUAAUGGCGCAAGCUGAUGAAGCAGAACGUAACAUGUUUGAUGAUGAAACAUCACAAAGACUUAUAAUCGAGGAAUUUGGUCGCUGCCUCAAGGAAAUCAUAGAAUCAGCACACAAAGCUGAAGCUACCUAGCAGGUACACUCUAAGGAAAACUAUAAUGUUCAAAAUGUUCGAAGUUUGCGGACCUAUCCUGAAGUCACAAAAUUGAAGAUGUUAGUUAUUGGUACUUCUUAAUUUGAUAAUUGGUCAUACUAACUAUAUACAAGUGUUACAUACCAAAGAUAAUGGUAAAAGGUAUUAAAAUGUUAUACAUUCAACCGUUUUCUUAUUUUGUCUUACUAAUAUAUAAAAGGUUUUUUUUAUAAUUAUAAAUUGCAUAUACGUACUUUCGAAAUUAUAGAUAUGUUUAUUAUAGCAUAGUGAGU